AGGAAGGGCGCUGCCUAGACUGUGUACCUAUCGCUGACAAACGAAGUUCACUUCAUUCAACAACUCAACGCGGCACUCAGGCUUAACGCGGCCAUAAACGCGGCGGGAACUACAGGGCCCACUAUGCACCGCGCCAGCCCCGGCCGACUGACGAGACUGACCCGGACUUAGGCGUUCCGCCUGGCCUGGCGGCGAGGAAAAAAGGCAAUUUUGAAGCAUUUUGUGGCAAAAAGGGUAAGAGACGGCUGCGGAAGCGUCUACUACGUUCAGGGGACCUGGAGGGCUUACAGAUAUCCGCAAUGAACAAUGAAAAGAAAUUGUGAAAGAAAGCGCUUCCCUCAAGCCGGAACCAAUUAACUUCUGAGUCACGUGGUGCGCACGCGCCAAAGGCGCAUGAUAAAGGAAAACGCGGGCUUAUCCUGCCUUUUAAAAUCCGGCUUGCCAAGACUUCCGCCCUUGUUCAAGAUGGUGGUUGAGCGGCCUUUCUAACCUUUACGGGGCCUGGCGGUGCUGACGCCUGAGUUGGUAGGGGUGGAGCAGGUAGGAAACAGCAAAUGCAGAAGCUGCUGCGCGAGAGUCGGCCAUGGACUGGAAAGAAGUUCUUCGUCGGCGCUUAGCGACGCCCAACACCCGUCCAAACAAAAAAAAAAGUGAACAAGAAUUAAAAGAUGAAGAAAUGGAUUUAUUUACAAAAUAUUACUCCGAAUGGAAAGGAGGUAGAAAAAACACAAAUGAAUUCUAUAAGACCAUUCCCCGGUUUUAUUAUAGGCUGCCUGCUGAAGAUGAAGUGUUACUACAGAAAUUAAGAGAGGAAUCAAGAGCUGUCUUUCUACAAAGAAAAAGCAGAGAACUGUUAGAUAAUGAAGAAUUACAGAACUUAUGGUUUUUGCUGGACAAACACCAGACACCACCUAUGAUUGGAGAGGAAGCGAUGAUCAAUUAUGAAAACUUUUUGAAGGUUGGUGAAAAGGCUGGAGCAAAGUGCAAGCAAUUUUUCACAGCAAAAGUCUUUGCUAAACUCCUUCAUACAGAUUCAUAUGGAAGAAUUUCCAUCAUGCAGUUCUUUAAUUAUGUCAUGAGAAAAGUUUGGCUUCAUCAAACAAGAAUAGGACUCAGUUUAUAUGAUGUCGCUGGGCAGGGGUACCUUCGGGAAUCUGAUUUAGAAAACUACAUAUUGGAACUUAUCCCUACUUUGCCACAAUUAGAUGGUCUGGAAAAAUCUUUCUACUCCUUUUAUGUUUGUACAGCAGUUAGGAAGUUCUUCUUCUUUUUAGAUCCUUUAAGAACAGGUAAAAGAAAAUCUUAUCUAACUUACAUGAAGAUAUUAUUAUAUCUAAAUCUCAAUAACUACAGAAAACUCUUAAAAUGUCAUUUAUUUUCCUGUCACUUCCAGAACCUACCAAAAAUAAAUGGAGACAGUGUCCCUGUUCGUGUAUUAGCAAUUUAUUUCUAUCAAAUACAGGCCAUACAGGAACUAAUGAAAAUCCACGGACAAGAUCCUGUUUCAUUUCAAGAUGUCAAGGAUGAAAUCUUUGACAUGGUAAAGCCAAAGGAUCCUUUGAAAAUCUCUCUUCAGGAUUUAAUCAACAGUAAUCAAGGAGACACAGUAACCACCAUUCUAAUCGAUUUGAAUGGCUUCUGGACUUAUGAGAACAGAGAAGCUCUUGUUGCAAAUGACAGUGAAAACUCUACAGACCUUGAUGAUACAUGAUCUCUGAAAGACUAGACUGUCUUAUAUUAAGAGAUACUUGAAUGCUGCAUGUAAAGCCUUUAAAGCAAAAUCCUCAGAAUGGUCUAAAUAAAACACUUGAUAUGCCUAGAGAACACAGCAAA